CGUCCGUCUUCCCCCUCAGGCUGCUGCAGACGGCCGAGAUGCUGAAGCCGUCGUCGACCUCUGCUCCGUCCGGAGACGACUCCUCCACCGACCACUACCCGCGGCUCGUCUUUGUCCAUAACCGCAGCACGCUGGCCCACUUCCAGCCAGACAACAUCAGACAACUGCAGGAGUUUUACCGGUCGGCGUUCAGCCAAUCGAAUCUGUGUGUGACCAGCGACAUUGGAGUGGGCAGUGGCGGCGUGCUGCCCCAGGCGAGCCCGGAGACCACCGGUCCGCCCGUCAACCUGCUGCUGCUGCCAGAGUUCCUGCCUGGAGAGGAGGGCGUCGUAGCAGAUGAUGAGGCCGGCCAGCAGGAGCCGCUGCAGUGUGACCUGACCGGUCACUGGGGCCUACAGACGCUGGUGGAGGCGCUGCGGUCAGAGGUGUUUCGACUGCCGCAGCUGCCGCUCUCCAACCAGCCGCUCUCCGAGAAACACUGGUAUCACUACGCCGUGCGAAUGUGGGACAGUGUGCGCAAGAGCUCCUUCUUCCACGAAUACAGCCGCUUGUGACACGACUGCUCCGAGGUAGCUGUGGCGAGAAGGCUUGGAACAGGACGGGGCCCAGCGAACGAUCCGCUGGCGACCAGUCAACGAGUCGAAUAACGGGUGAUCGUCGGACGAACCUAAAGGGCUACCAGAUGACGCUGGUCCUUCACAUUCCCGUGUUUGCUCUGGGAUCAAAAUACAUCUGAAGAUGAGCACACCAGCCGCCACGCUGGUGUUAGAAUAAACAUAAAAUAAACAAGGCCUCCCAUGGCGGACUACCGCACACGCAUGGUCG